AUGAUUAAUUCCUUUUAACAUAGAUCUAAAAAUCUUAAAUGUCCAAGACAUAAUAAUGAAAUAACAAGUUUGUGCAUCACAGAAAAAUUUUCAAUGAAAAAUCGUGUUUUAUGCUAAAGUUGUUUAAAAGAUAAAUCAACUUAUCCUAAUUGGACACCUCUUGAAGAUAUUGAAGAAUUAGUGAAGAAUAUUACGGAAUGCUAAAAAAUAACAAAAUCAAAUGUGAUUAAGGUUAUUAAAAACUUGAAAUAGGAUAUUAUUAAUGACAUAGAAUAAUUAGAAUCAAAAGUUUUAGAAAUUCAAGAAAAGUUUGAUCAUACAAGAUUAAUAAAAAAAAUAAUGAAUUAAAACUAGUUAGAAAUUUAUGAUUUAUAAGAUUUAUCAGAAAAUUUAAGUUAUCUAACACUAUAUACAUAAUUCAAAAAUAUUAAUAAAUCCCAACUCUAUAGUGAAUAAUUUUAACCAAUUUUUACAUAAUUGUCAUCAACAAGAUAAUAAAUAAAACAGAUAUAUGAACGGGUACUUUAAAUAGAAGCAGAAGUAUAAUAUAAAUAUUAAUAUUUUAGGAAAGCACAGUUCCAGAUUAUAAAUUAUUAUUUAAAUCUACUCCAGUAAUUAUACCAGCACAUGAUUUUGCAAUAAAUUCUGUUGUGAUAACUCCUGAUUGUAGUAAGGUGAUAACAGCAAGUAGUGAAGGUAAAUUAAAAAUUUGGGAUACUUCUACUCAUACAGAAAUAUGUUAGAUAAGCGAUAAUUUCGACUAUGCUUUUUGUGUUGAUGUUUCAGAUGAUGGUUAAUGUAUUGCUGCUUGUGGUUCAAAUGAUUAGAUUAUUAGAAUUUGGAAUAUUAAUGAUACAUUAGAACCAGUAUUCAGAUUAAAAUAUCAUACAAAGACAGUUGAAAGAAUCAAAUUUGUACCAUAAUCUUAAUAAUUGGUAUCUAUUAGUUAAGAUCAUUAAGUGGUUAUUUGGCAUGAAACUAAACCUGAACCAUCACGCAUAUUAAAACAUCACAAAAGUUCUGUUAAAGGAUUAGCUAUUUCUAACAAUUGUAAAUUUAUGGCUACAUCUGCUUUAGAUAAAUAACUUAUUAUUUGGAAUAUCUAGAAUAAUUUUUCAAUUGUCCAUUAAGUAUAACCUCAUAAAACUACAUGCAAUUGUAUUCAAUUCUCAAAAGAUUUAAAAUAUAUGGUUACAGGAGGAGAAGAUGGAAUUGUAAAAUUAUGGAAAGUCUAAAAUUGGGAACCCAUAUUAGAAUUCAUAGGACAUACAUCAUUUAUUUGGACUGUUUAGUUCUCUAAUCAUUCUAAUCUAAUUAUAUCAUCUUCAACCAAAGAUAUUCGAAUUUGGAAUAUACCAUCAGAAUAAUAAUAACAAAUUUUUAGUAUUUAAUAGGAUUAUUAUCCUAACUUUUGUUUGUCAAAUAAUCAUCAAUUAUUAUGUACAGGAUAAUAAAAUGGUGAAUUAUAUAUAUGGAAAACAGCCUAAAAUUGA